AUGAAUCACCGUGGUAGGGUCAAGGAACGGAAGUCACCAAAGCGUCCCACAGGAUUGAUAUGGGCGACAGCUCCAGAACCAACGGGGCGAUCGCCUGAACAACGGGAUCUAGCCAUCAACCACACUGAGGGCGGAAAGUCGGGAGCGAAUGAGGCGCCUGAAGCUUUUCCAGAUGUUAAUGCCGUGGACAACGGACGGCGGCACAACUUCCGGUUCGGGGGCGAGCUGGAAGAAUUUAGAGCUGCGAGCAUGGGACGGCCUGGUGUCAGCGCAUGGUCAAACACCGUCGACUCUCCCUUCCACCACCACCUUGACCACCUCCUUGACCACCUCCGUGAAGCUCGGACGGAGACAAAUGAGCCUUUUCGGAGUGACCUUUUCGUGAUGUGGGCAGUGGCCCGUACGAUGUCCCGUAGCGGCAAGUGA